CGCAGGAGGACAAGGAGAAAGCGGCAGCAGAAGCGGCGGCGGCUCUUCAUCCACUAGAGAAAGCUUUUGAGACCGCAAGUAAAGGCAAACCAUUCUUCGGAGGCGAUGAUAUCGGCUUCAUCGACAUAGCCCUGGGCUGCUUCUUGCCCUGGAUAAGAGCACUGCAGAAAUUGGACGGCAUCCAGAUUCUGAGCGAUAACACUUUCCCCAAUCUCUCAACUUGGGCGCAGAAUUUCAGCGCUCAUGAUGCGGCAAAGGUGGUGCUGCCGGACAAUGAUAAGAUGCCUGAAGUCAUUCGUACUUUUCGUGCCCUGUUUUCGGCGGCUUGAGUUCUGAGAGUGCAGCCCCAAGAAGCUUCGAUUCGAAGCUGCAGGGAAGGUGAUGUGUUUUGUGUGUUGUCUUUGGAGUCUGGUUCUGUUUUGUGAUCAUUUCAUGGAGAAAUAAUGUAUUCUGUAAUGACUCUGCGUUUCUAUUCAAGUUUUG